AUGAGCAAUGAAGUGAACCACACUAUUAUUGAAAAGCUAUCCCGAUCUUUAAAUAAACCGGUAAAUGAGUCGCUAUCGAAAACUGUAAAGACGCAAGCUCUUUCCAAAAAUUUGGAAGAGUUUACCAAGUUUCUCCAAGUCAUUGGAUUAAAGAAUGAGAACCAUGCAAAGGAUAUCUUUGAUUACGUGAAUGCUCAUGUAUCGUGGCUGAUGCCUACCCCACUUGAGACUAAGAAGGUGGUCCGUAAAAGCAAUAAAGUGCAAGGAUUGCGCUUGUCUUAUGAGGAUAUGAGUGAAGAGGAAGAAAAAGAGGAAAAAGAAGGGCAAGAGGAAGAGAAGACUGAUACUAGAAUAAAGCCUGUUUUUGAAAAGCAAAAGGAGGCUCAAGAGGGUACAGCUCGACCGAAAUUUAAAAGGAUUAAAGUUGAAGAAGCAGCGAGGUUGAAACAAGCCCAACCGGCUACUCAGAUAUUGAAUGGAAACGAGAUGAUGGUGCCAACCAAAGAGCCGAAACUUGAAGUAGGUAGGAACAACAAGACAGUACCCAGACCCAUGACUCAUAGAGCUCCUCAAAAAAAUAACUCCAUACCGUUAGCGAAACCUAUUACACCCUCAUCUAAGACUUUUAAUGAAUCGAGCCGAGCAGCUACUGGAGGGUAUUUUGACGCACAUGGAAAGUAUAUAGACAACGAUCAUGCCUCACACAAUGACUUUAACCGUAUACUGAUAGUCAGCCAUGUCUUUAUACCGCCGUUUCUUGAAAAACUGAAAGAGUUUUUAACUUUACAGAUUUCAGGUACAAGCGUUAAGGGAAUAGGACCGACAAUAAACCCAAUUAAAAACCUUAAUUCAGAGUUAGCCUCCAUGGCAAGACAGGGUUCAUUAGUUACCCAGAAUAGAAGAUCGAAACAGGAAAGAGCUAAGCAAGCGAAGGAAAGUACUGGGGCUGUUACUGAUACAGCUGACAAUAAACAAGAUGACAAAACAGAGGGGGAGAAUUAUGAUGACCAGGGUGAAACUAUAGAAAAUAUAAAUGAGCAGCGGCGAAACUUGCCUGCUUUUACUGUAAAAGAUGACGUUGUUACCACCAUUCGAGAUAACCAAGUCACAAUUAUCAUUGGUGAGACCGGAUCAGGAAAAACGACUCAAUUGACGCAAUAUUUAUUUGAAGCCGGAUUUGCGUCCAUUGGAGGAGAAGGUUCAGAAAAGAAGGUGAUUGCAUGUACUCAGCCAAGAAGAGUAGCGGCAACUUCGGUGGCGAAACGAGUUAGUAAAGAAAUGCAAGUUGAAUUGGGCGAAGAAGUUGGUUAUUCAGUUCGUUUCGAUGAUAAAACAAAUCCCAAGAAAACAGUGAUAAAGUAUAUGACUGAAGGAAUUCUUCUUCGAGAAAUGCUUGCUGAUCCAUUGUUAAGUGAGUAUAGUUGUAUUAUUAUGGAUGAAGCUCACGAGCGAUCACUCAACACUGACAUUUUAUUGGGUUUAUUUAAAAGCUUAUUAGCAAAGCGCAGAGACUUGAAAUUAGUUGUUACCUCUGCCACAAUGAAUGCGGAUAGAUUUACGCGAUUUUUUGGAGCAGCACCACAAUUUUCAAUACCAGGAAGAACAUAUCAAGUGGAAAUAUACUAUAACAAAAAUGUUAUCAUGGAUUAUGUAGAGAAUGCAGUUAAGCAAAUACUUUCCAUACAUCUAGGAAACCUGAUUCGCGCCGAAAGCAAAAGUUUUGUUAAUGAUGGAGAUAUUCUUGUUUUCAUGACUGGACAGGAGGAUAUCGAGGUUACUUGUGACUUGCUUCGUGAAAAGUUGGAUAUGUUGGAAAACCCUCCACCAUUGGAUAUAAUGCCAAUCUACUCAUCAAUGCCGCCAGAACAACAAAGGAAAAUAUUUAGAAAAAAAGAUGCCUCCCGGAGAAAGGUGGUUGUGGCUACAAAUAUAGCCGAAACGUCAUUAACAGUGGAUGGUGUCAAGUAUGUCAUAGAUUGCGGCUUGGUGAAACAAAAGGUGUAUAAUUCCAAGCUAGGUAUGGACACUUUGCAAGUGGUUCCGAUAUCUAUGGCAAAUGCCCAACAAAGAAGUGGUAGAGCCGGGAGAACAAGCACUGGUAUUGCUUACCGCUUAUACACUGAAAACGCAACCAAUCCAAACAAUAUGUACGAGCAACCAAUACCAGAAAUUCAAAGGACUAAUUUGAGCAACACUAUGCUUUUAUUAAAAUCAUUACGAAUAAAUGAUAUUAACUCAUUUCCAUUUUUAGACCCACCCCCAAAGGAUCUACUCAACUGCUCUUUGUACGAUUUAUGGGCUAUUAAUGCUUUGGACAAUUUUGGCGAAUUGACUGAGCUUGGUCGCGGCAUGAUUCAAUUCCCCCUUGAGCCUACAUUAUCCAAGUUGAUCUUAUUAUCGACCCAGCAUGAAUUUCAUUGCUCAGAAGAAAUCGUUACUAUAGUUGCUAUGUUGAGCGUUCCAGGCAUUUUCCAGCGCUCGAAAGAACGGGCCCAUGAAGCAGAUUUUGCAAGAGAAAAGUUUACCGUUGCAGAAUCUGAUCACUUGACAUUGCUUAAUGUAUAUUGCCAAUGGGAUCUCAAUUUGCAGAAAUUUGGCAAGAACUGGAGUAAAAUCAAUCAAUGGUGUGAGAAGAAUUUUCUUCAUUGCAAAUCAUUGUACCAAGCAAGAGAGAUCCGGAGUCAAAUACUUCAAAUUAUGCAGAAAAACAAGUUACCAGUGUUGAAAUCUCCGCGUGAUGAAAAUGUUCGAAAGUGUCUUUGCGCAGCGUAUUACCAACAGCUGGCAAAGCUUGUGAAAACUAAUGUCAAUGGAGCGGCUGAAUUCAUGAAUUUGAGACACUCUUACAUGAAUAUGUACUUGCAUCCUACAAGUAGCUUAUUGAACUGCAAUUUGAGUCUGAAUUUUGUGAUAUUUCAUGAGCUAAUAUUGACAUCAAAGGAAUACAUGAAUUGUGUAACAUGUGUCGAUCCCAUGUGGUUAUUGCAAUAUGGUUACAAAUUCUUUGGAGUCCCAGAGACUGAGCAGAACCAAUUGGUAAACAGCCAGGGAUUAAUUACAAAGGAGCGAUUUGCGCAACAAUUAGAUCAGGAUCGGGUCUUGUUUGAAGAGAAAAAAACAAAAGAGCAAAAGAAACCUGGCAACCGGCAACAUACCGAAUUGAAAAAGAGAUUUCUAGUUCGAAAGCGUUUCUAA